AUGACUGAGGAAGAAAAAUGGUUCAAGCCCCACAUGUACCUUGGUUUAUCAGUAAUAGAAAAUCCACCUAGAUAUGGAGAAGGCUAUCGGAAGCUGUUGGCUGAGGCCAUGAACAUGAACCGCAGUAGAAUUCUUGCUUUCAAGAAUAAGACUCCUCCCCGUGUAGAGCUCUUCCCAAGCAACUUCUCUUCGGAUAAACAUACAGAAUCAAACCCCCCUAAGGCACAAAGAAGAUAUAUUUCUCAAAGUGCAGACAGAACACUUGAUGCUCCCUACCUUAUGGAUGAUUACUACCUUAAUUUGUUGGAUUGGGGAAGCUCCAAUGUUCUUGCAAUAGCUCUUGCAAACACAGUUUAUUUGUGGGAUGCUACUGAUGAUUCUACUUGGGAACUGGCCACAUUUGAGGAUGAAAGGGGACCUGUUACCAGCGUCAAUUGGGCUAUUGAUGGACGCCAGAUUGCCAUUGGACUGAACAAUUCCGAAGUAGAGCUAUGGGAUACAACGGCCAGUUCUCAUGUGAUAACCUUGAGAGGUUGCCACCGAUCGCGAGUAGGCUCACUGGCAUGGAACAAUCACAUUCUUACAACUGGAGGAAUGGAUGGCCGCAUCGUUAACAAUGAUGUAAGAAUUGGAUCGCACAUUGUUGUUGAGACAUACAGAGGACAUGAGCAAGAGGUUUGUGGGCUUAAAUGGUCAGCUUCAGGCCAGCAAUUAGCAAGUGGAGGAAAUGAUAACCUGCUCCAUAUAUGGGACAACAGAUCAUAUUCACGAACACAGUGGCUUCACAGGCUCCAAGAUCAUACAGCUGCUGUAAAAGCCCUUGCUUGGUGUCCUUUCCAGAGAAAUUUGCUAGCUUCUGGUGGAGGCGGGAAUGAUGAUCGGUGCAUAAAGUUCUGGAACACUCACACAGGUGCAUGCCUGAACUCUGUUGACACUGGCUCUCAGGUUUGUGCUUUGCUGUGGAAUAUGAAUGAACGAGAGCUGCUUAGCGCACAUGGGUUUACUCAGAAUCAGCUUACUCUUUGGAAAUACCCAUCAAUGUUUAGAAUUGCAGAACUCACUGGUCAUACUUCUACAGUCCUUUAUAUGACUCAGAGCCCAAAUGGUUGCACAGUAGCAUCAGCAGCUCAUGAAACACUGAAGUUAUGGAAUGUUUUUGGGGACCCUAAGGAGGUUAAACCAGCUCCCAAAGCUGAUCCUGAGCCUUUUGCCCAUCGUAUCCGCUGA